CACAAAUUCAUCGCAUGGAAGAGACAAAGCCCUCGUCUCGUGGGCCCGAAAAGAUAAUUAUAUUUUUUUGGCACCAGCCAGACGAUCGAUUUCACGAAUGGAUGUCAUCUAGAACAACAUUUACGUGAAGAAAGUUACAAUGAAUGUUGUAAUCUUCGACGGAAUUGUUCUCCGUGCAGCUUUAGGCAUGAUAUGUCGUUUGGUGCUUGGUUCACCGUUCACUCAAUGGCGUUACGAUGCUCCAACAAUCUGUUCUCAGGAGGCCCAUCCCUGAUUAGGCUACCAAAAAAGAAACAGCUAAAGGAGACUACCAAAAACGGGAGAUUUAAUGAGGAAAUAAGGAGAUUGUGUGAGAGCAACAAUCUGGGAGAAGUAUUUUCUUUCUUCUAUUCUAAUAAUGCGCCCUCCUCUUCCUUCUUAUAUGGGUGUCUUCUUCAGUCCUGUACUAGAAAUAGAUUUCUUGAAGGUGGGGUUCGUGUCCAUCUUCAAAUCAUCAAAAGUGGAUUUAAAUUGGAUGGGUUUGUGCUCAUAAGCCUCCUCAAUAUGUACAUAAAAUGUGGCUAUUUACAACUUGCACGCAAAGUGUUUGAUGAUAUUACCCCUAAGAGCUUGAUAGCUUGGAACACAAUGAUUUCUGGGUAUUGCAGUUGCGGGGCUCUGAAUGAAGCCCUGGCUUUGUUUAAAGGGAUGUUACUGGAGGAACAUCAACCUGAUCAAUACACGCUUUCGUCCAUCAUUAAGGGUUGCCAAGACCACCAUGAUUUAUUGCAGGGAGAACAGUUACAUUCCCUUGCAAUUAAGUUUGGUUAUGUAGAGGAUGAGUUUGUUAUUAAUGCUCUGAUUGAUUUGUAUGCCAGUUGUGCUUCCAUAGACGAUGCUUUCAGAGUUUUCGAUGGUAGCCUUCAGAAGAGUGCUACAACGUGGAAUUCCAUAAUGGCAAGAUCAGUAGAGCAUGAACUUUAUUCCGAGUGUGCGUCUUUGUAUAUGAAAAUGAAAGAGAAUGGUGUGGCUGCCACAGAGUUCACUUUCAGCAGCAUAUUGCGGGCUUGUACGGGGUUAGAAAAGAUUGAUGUGGGGGAUCAGGUUCAUGCCCAAGUUAUCGUUCAUGGAUUUAUUUCAGAUAUUGUCAUCAGAAGUGCACUUCUUGAUUUGUAUGUGAAAUGUGGGGAUCUCAGAAAAGGAAGAAAAUUGUUUGACAGCAUGCAUGUGAAAAAUGUGAUUAUCUGGAAUACGUUAAUUAGAGGUUAUGGUUUGCAGGAUAAAGUGGAAGAAGCUUUCUUGCUCUUUAAAAUGAUGCGAUACGAGGGGCUUGUGUUGGAUAUUUUCACAUUUCCUGCUGUACUUUCUGGUGCAACUAGUGAUCAUGUCUUCAAAGAGUAUACAGGAGUUCAUGGUCUUAUAAUUAAGACUGGGUAUCAAAGAGAUCCUUUUGUAGGUACAGCUCUAGUUGCCAUGUAUUCUGCAAAUCAAAGCCUUGAAGAGGCUCGUUAUGCCUUUGAGGACAUUGAGUUGAAGGAUGUAGCUUCUUGGUCUUCGAUGAUUGCAGCAAAUGUGCAGAAUGGUGAAGUUCAAGAGGCCCUCAGGAUUCUUCAUCAAGUCCUAGAACUGGGUAUCAAACCUAACCAAUUCAUGUACUCGACCGUGUUUUCAGGUUGUUCCAAGAUAUCAUCACUUGAGAUUGGCAAGCAGAUUCACAGCCAUGGCAUCAGAAGUGGUUUCUUCUGUGAUGGGCCUGUGAGCAAUUCACUUCUCACCAUGUAUUCAAAUUGUGGUUGCAUCACAGAAGCGAGGAAAAUCUUCAAAUCAGUAUCAGAACCUACAGUUGCUUCUUACAAUGCCAUGAUAUCUGCUCUUGCUCAGCAUGGGGACGCUAAUGAAGCUUUUCUGCUCUUUAGAACAAUGCAAUUUGAAGGACUUGAACCCGACAGCAUAACAGUACUGGGAGUUCUUUCAGCUUGUAACCAUGCUGGCCUCGUUGAUGAAGGUCAUGAAUUCUUCUAUACAGUUAAAGAAAGCCAUGGGAUUGAUUUAAACUAUCAGCACUAUGCAUGUGUUGCUGAUAUUUUGUCUAGAGCUGGUCGAUUAGAUGAAGCAGAGAGAUUUAUAUCUAACAUGCCUUUUGAGCCUGGUCCUUCUGUUUGGCUGGCUUUACUGGGUGCAUGCCGGAAACAUGGAAACAUUGAGCUUGGAAGCAAAGUUGCUAAAUUACUAAUUGAGAUGGAACCAGAUGAGGCAAUCACUUACGUGCUCCUGACUAACAUCUAUACGUCCCUCGGUAGAAUGGACGAGGCUAAAGACAUAAGAGAUUUGAUGAAAACAAGAGGAAUCAAGAAAGACCACGGUGUUAGUUGGAUAGAGAUAAGAGGUGAAAUGCACUCUUUCGUUGUUGAGGAUCAAAAACACCCAUGUUGCAGUGAAAUAUACAGGAAACUCGAUAUCUUGAUUAGUCGUAUCAAAGAAGUCGGAUAUGUUCCAGACAUGACUUCUGCAUCGUUUGAGUGGGAUGACGUGGAGAGGGAACGUUCGUUGUUUUACCACAGUGAGAAGCUGGCAAUUACCUUUGGCCUUCUGACUUCGACACCUGGAACUGUGAUCAGGGUCAUGCAGAACCUUAGGAAUAUGGACGUCCCGAGAAUUAAUGCAUGCAGCUACAGGAGGCCUCGUUCCUAACAUGCCUUUGCCCUUUGGUCUAAAGGCAUUAGUUGACAGAGCCAAGUACUCAAAGCAUGCAACUGCAGCCAAGAGUUUUAUAAGACCAUAUACGAAAGUGAUUAUCGCUUGGUGCCAUGAACAAGAAGAUGUGAAGUCGACUUCUAGGAGACGGCGGUCCAGUUUCUCAUGAAAAACACGAGGAUUGAAGGUUAAAGCUACCUCGAUGCUGUUCAGCCUAGACAAAAGACCAUGCUGGAAAUUAUUCUUAAGAAAAUGAAAUGUCUGUUCGAUAGAACUGUAAAGCAACUCUAUGUAUGAACUUGUAGCGCGUCAUGACUCAUGAGCUUAAGCUUUGCAAGCGAAGCCAAAUGACAAGUCAAAUGUAACUGUUGUCGAUACUCGAUACUUCUUUGAAGGCAAAUGGUUGCUCGAAUCAAGAUUUCAUUCGAGCUUAGUUUAGUGGGUUUAAUUC